AUUGGCUGUAGAUUAGCUCGCGGGGUUUCAAGCAUUCCGAUUCCCGUCGUAGAAUCUGGUUAAGACUCUCCGGUGUCUCCCAAAUGCUUCUCCAAAUCCCUCACAUCAGCAAAAAGGGUCCAUACACACCCAACGACGACCCCACAUCUCUCACGUAUACUCACCACAGGCAACAUGGCCACUAGAGCUCUGGUAGUUGGAGGAACGAGCGGCAUCGGCUUCGCAAUCGCCUGCCGUCUCGCCGCCGCCUCUACGUCAUCUACCGUCAUUAUAAGCGGUCGCAACAAGCCAAAGGACAUUCCUCAUGCCAAUAUGGAGUUUCGCCCACUAGAUGCAUCGUUAAUGCGCUCAAUCAAGCAGUACACAGAUGCGUACAAGUCGGCACAGGAGCCACAGCUGGACCUCCUCGUCCUCACCCAGGGCAUCCUCACGACAGCAGGGAGGACCGAGACAUCCGAGGGAAUAGACCGCAAAAUGGCACUUCACUAUUAUGGCAAGCAACUGCUGGUUCGUGAACUUACCCCAGUUUUGAAGGACGACGCCAAGGUCCUCCUCGUACUAGAUGGCGUGCGUGGAAACCCGACUGGCCUCAUCUGGGACGAUCUGGACCUCAAGAAAAACUUCAGUCUCGGCAACGCGGCCAACCAUUGUAUCUCAAUGACCGAUGCUAUCAUCCAGGAAUAUGCUAUGCAGCAAAAGGGAGACAAGGCCAGUAGACGUCAUUAUGUGCAUGCCUACCCAGGGCUUGUCAAGACCGAACUUUUCGGAUCGCUCCCAUGGUAUCUCCGGGCUGGUUCAAAGGUUUUGGGCACUUUACUUGGCGUGUCGCCAGACACUUGUGCCGAGAACCUGCUCAAGGGGACGGACAAUUGCGCAGCUGCGGGUGAGAAGGAGGGCAGGUUUUGGAGCUGCAUUGACGCCAGCGGUCAUUUGGUGACCAAGAAGCACACUUGGACUGAGGAGCAGAUCAAGAAGGUUUCGGAGCACACGUGGAAGAUUGUUGAUGAGGCAACCGGUGCUGCUUCUUAAAAGGCGUCCAGUCUGUGUAUUUAGAAUGUUGACCGAUAAUACUCACCUCAAUUAAUACCGAUAGCGAGCAGCAAAUGAUUGCGAUUUACUUUUAAUCCAAUCCAAUUCAAAUCUGUUAACCCACGGGAUGGGUGUAUCA